CAAACACAACACCAAAAGGUUAACCAACCAACCAACAAUCCUGGAGCAAUGUCUACAGCAGACAAAACUCCACCAAUUACCCUAACAUCCGACGAACGCCGUCUAUACGGUACCCUCUUCAAAGCCGCCGACAAAGAAUCCCUAGGCGUCGUCACCGGUGAAGUCUGCGUCCCAUUCUUUGAGAAAUCAGGUCUCCCUCAAGUCACCCUCGGUGAAAUCUGGGGAAUCGCAGAUGCCGAGAACAAUGGGUUCUUAAACCACCAAGCGUUCAGCGUCGCCCUACGAUUGAUCGGUCAUUGUCAGGCUGGUGCGCGUCCAUCGCCGGGAUUGGCUGGACAACCUGGACCUUUGCCGCAGUUAGAAGGGUUCCCUACUGUUCCGACGACUACCAUGCCACCUCCACCUGCUCCACGAGCUGGACGGCCUACGAUCCCACCCCUCACACCCCAAGACCGCACCAAGUACCUAAACAUGUUCGCACAAGCAGCAGCUGGGAAGGAAGUGCUCGAUGGUGAUUCAGCCCGCAACCUCUUCCAGCGCGCACGUCUUCCCGUGCCCACCCUCGCUCAAAUCUGGACAAUCUCCGAUCGAUCUGGCCGUGGAGCCCUCGAUGCUACAGAGUUCGUCGUCGCAAUGCACCUGAUCUCGAAAUCCAUGUCAGGUGAGAUCAAGGAAGGCGGACUUCCACCUGUCGGCCCACCGGGUCUUUUCGACGCAGCUGCUGGGCGACCCGUUGGCGCUGGAAGGAGCACGAGUGAGAGAAGACAGGGAAGUGUUACGAGACAAGGUACCGGCCAAACACCCAUCCCUCGUCAAAUGACCGGUCAACAACAACCUCUCCGACCCCAAGGGACAGGUCAAUCCCAAGCAUCCCAACCACCUACACAAAUCACACCCCAGCUGACCGGUCAACCCUUUCCUCCGCCCCUUGCUCCCCAGCAAACAGGCACCUCGGGCGCCCCAUGGCUCAUCCCACCCCCCCUCCAAUCCGAAUACCGCAUCUACUUCACCUCCCUCACCGACUCUUCCACCCAAACCCACAUCUCCGGCCCCUCCGCCGUCCAGUUCUUCCUGAAAUCACAACUCCCCGAAGAGACCCUGGCCAAAGUCUGGGAUCUGGCGGAUAUCGACCAAAGUGGCGUUUUGAGUUUCGAGGAGUUUUGUGUUGCGAUGUGGUUGAUUCGGGAGGCUGUUGCGGGGCGUGCGGUGCCGGAUGCGUUGCCGGCGGAGUUGGUGCCGCCGAGUAUGAGAGCCGAACAACCUCCGGCACCAGCUCAGCUUGUUGCGCCGGCGCAGGGUGAGGAGAAGAAACCGGAGGUUAGCUCGACUGCGCAGGAUUUGUUUGGACUGAACGACGCUUUUUCACCGCCUGCGUCGAGGAUCAGUUCGCCGCCGCCUCCAGCUGCGCCGUUCCUCGAGCACCAAACUACUGGAUCCGCCGCCACUUCGCCCGUGGUGCCUCAGGCAACUGGUAUGCGCGGUGCAUUCGUGCCAACUAGUUCUUUCGGACAGUCGCUCAGCGGCGCGGGUCCGAAUGGAGGUGCAGUGCAGAGGACGAUGAGUCCGCCUGCUGCGCCGGGGGUCAUGGCUGUACCGCCUAUUGGUAGUUCGGCUCCUACUGCGGUCCCGGUAUCCCUUUCUGCAUUCGGUGGACCCAGUCCAGUUUCGCAGUCGCCUGCUCCGUCUGGGCCCUUCGCCUCGGGUGUCGCGCCGCAGCUUACGGGUGGUGCUGGAACUGCAUUCGGCGGUGCUCCGGGUGCGUUCCCCGUUACGCCAGGCCCCGGUCCUUUUGGUGCCAUGUCUGCUCCUACUACGGCCUUUGAUUCUCAGGAUCUUCUUGGUGACAAUGAUCCCGAGGAGAGCAAAAACCUUACCGCCGAUACAACGGAAAUUGCGAACCUCUCCAACCAGAUCAGCCAAAUGAGCGCCAACACCGCCACUCUGUCCGACAAGCGGUCAACCGCCGAACGUGACCUCACUCAAGUCCAAGCCCAGAAGAAGGAGAUCGAGGCCAAGUUGGCGGAUAUCAGACAGUUGUACGAUGCGGAGGUCAAGAAUGUUCACACUGUCGAGGCACAGCUGAACCAGAGCCGGACGGAGACGCAGAAGCUGAGGCAGGAGUUCUUUGUGAUUGAGGCGAGUUACCAUGCGUUGCAGCAGCAGCAUCGUGAGGGCUCUGAGGCUUUGGCUCGGGAUCAAGCAGAGAACAAUGAGCUCAAGACGAAGAUGGCGCAGAUUGGAACCGAGAUGACACGUCUCAACGAGGAACUCGAGAAAGUCAAGAAGAACGCUCGUCAGCAGAAGGGCUUGGUCGCGAUCAACCGCAAGCAACUCGCUACCGCUGAGCAGGAGCGUGAGAGGAUCUUGAAGGAGAUCGAGGAGGAGAACCGGGCUGCGGCUGAGGCGGAGAGGGAGGCGAGAGAGGUUGAGGAGCAGAGGAGGACACUCGAGGCAGAGGCGGAGGAGGCAAGAGUUAAGCAGGUUCAGGUUCAGGCCCAGCGUGCUCAGCAGCAACAGCAACUGGAACAGCAACAGCAUGCCGUCCAGCAGUCCCGUGAGGUGGUGCACAGUGAUGGACAGGUCGUCAGUCCGGCGUUGAGUGUUGCUAGCGCGAGUACGAACCCCUUCCAUCGCGGUAUGAGCCCGACUGGUGAGACGUUCCCUAUCGUAACGAGCCCCUUUGACCGUAGAUUUGUUGCUAGCGGGUUGCCCGCCAUCACCUCUCCUUUCGGUCAAGAUACACAGCGACCUAGGGCUAACUUCGACGAUGUCUUCGGACAGGGAGGUCAGGCGGAGAGUUUCGAGAAUGCGUUUUCGUCUGAUUUCGGAGCCAGUCCGUUUGCGGGUCAGCAGCAGAUUCCUGAGCAGGUUGAGGUUCAGCAUGUUGAGGAGCCCGUUGUCCAGGAGAACGAGAUUCACGCGCCCGUUGCUGUGCAUGCGGCGACGCCGGAGCCUGUCGUCAUCACGGAAAACGCGACCAGGCCGCCCAGUUACCGUCAGUCCCCUGGACCGGAGGAAAGUGAGGUUGCCCUCCCACCCGCUGUUCAUCCUUCUGUGGCGGAGUUGAGGCCGCCCGUCACGGCUGGUCCGGGUAGUGUUACCUCCUCCAGGGCUGUCGAGUAUGCUGCUUCUGAACAGGAGAGCUUGUCAAGGAUUACGUCCCCUCUCGCUGGUAGCGUCGAGGACUUAACCGAGAACGAUUCUCCCCAGCCGCGUGAGCGUAGUUUCAGCUUCUCGGACGAGCACCCUGAACCACCAUCUGCUGAGCACGGUGCCAAGAUCGCUAGCCCGCCCAUGGAUGCCAGGACUGUUCAGGAGACUCUGACGAACCCUCCUAACGAGGAGGCAUUGCAGAUCACCCCGGCUUACAUCGAGGAGCAGACACGCAUGUCUGUUGAGGACGUCCGUCACUCUUUGGAGGAGACUUCCUCAGAAGAGCCUACCGGUACUGCUACGCCUUCUUCCGAGGAGCCUGCGCAGCAGCAUGUUGCGGAGAUCAAGGAAGAGGAGACGGCGCUCGGAGCUCAGCCUGCCAGUGAUGAGACUUUCGCUACCGCAAAGGAGGAGCACGAGGAUCAUGAGAAGUCGUUCCUCGAGAGGGCUGCUGAGGCUGCUUCAGGUGUUGUGCACAACGUCGCUCAAGCUGUUGGCUUGGAGUCUGACGAGCCCAAAUUUGAUACCGAGGAGGCUAAGGAUGAUAAGGAGGUUAAGGAGCCCGAGAAGGCUGAGGAGCCUAAGGCGGAGGAGCCUAGUGAUCCUUUCUCUCUUCGGUCAGAGCAACCCGCGAAGGCAGCUACGAAGGAGGACUUGGACUCUGCUUUCGCUGGAUUCGGAAACGCGAAGCCUCAGGAUCCCGUUCGUUCCUUCAGCCCCCAGCACUUCGACAGUGAGUUCCCUCCCAUCAUGGAGCACGAAGUCGUAGACGAGUCAUCUGGUGACGACGAGGAGCCCCAGAAGUUCGACGAUGACUUCAGUGUACCGGCUGGUUCUUCCGCCACGCAGUUUACAGAGCAGCCUCCUGUUAACGAGGUCGCUGAUGUUCCUUCCACGGCAACUGCUCAGCCUCCUUCAGACGAAUCUGCUCCGGUCCACCCUCCUCCUGCUAUCGAGCAGCCGGCUUCUUCGGACUAUGCUGGUUUGCUUCCUGUUCGCGGUGAUCCGACUGCACCCAACGAGCAGCGUGUUAACCUCGAGAACCCCGGUGUCGCAGCUGCUCCUCCUGCCGAGGCCGCCCCUGCUCCUUUUGACGACUUCGAGAGUGCGUUCGCUGACAUGUCUGUGAGUGGCGCAAAGCCUGCCAAUGUGGACUUUGAUGACGCAUACGAUGUCGGUACCGGGUCCGGCUUCGACGACACGGAGUUCAACCCCACCUUCGACAACAGCUUCGAUCAAAGUCAUUCUAACCAGCCUUCCUGGGCUGCAGGCGAUGAUUUCUUUGGCAGCGCUGCUGCUAGUGCGAACAAGCCUGCUACGGCGAACGACUUCGAUGCUGUCUUUGCAGACUUUGACAAGCCUGGUGCUGUCGCUCCCCCGCUGCCCGACUUUGGCACUGGGUUCGGUGCAGCCCCGGCGGCUGCUGUGCAAGCACCACCAGUUGUACCUGCUGCUGUCACUAUUCCCGGGACCCGCUCCGUCUUGGCGCCUUCCCAAUCACCAGCACCAGUCCAGCAAGCUCCUGGCGCACCCUCCCUUCCUCCUCGUCUUCCCCUCACCACCAUCGCCGAACGCUCUCAGCCCCCUGCUCCCCCACCUUCCCGUCCUCGCGUCCAGACACAACCUUCAAUUGACGACGAUCCUGCUUUGAAGGAGCUGUUGAACAUGGGGUUCAGUCGUGAGCAGAGUGUCGGUGCGUUGGAGAAGUUCAACUAUCACCUGGGUGAUGCUACGAAUUAUUUGUUGGAUCAGGCUGCAGGGCCAUGA